AUGGAUCCGAACCAAUGCACCUCUGGUGCUCUCCUUGACCGUGCCUCCGCAGACGUAGCGCAGCUCCUGCGCCGUUUCGAGAACAUCAUUGCGUUUGAAUCCGACGGCAAGCAAGAUCGCAAUGCCACCGCCGUGGGGGCCUAUCAGAUGGAGGUCGAGACGUCGGCAUUGAUCCGGGCCGCAGAGGACAUCCUGUCCCUGACACGGAUACUCAAGGAAGCGUGGCUGUUUGGCAAACUGCAGACGGUGGGGAGCAGCGAGGCGGAGACGAGGGCGGAAGCUGCGGCGGUGAAGGUGGCGGCGGGAUUGAGCAGGUUGCGGGGCGGCGACGGAGCGGAGGCCACGGGGUCGAAUCAAGAGCCGACCGGGAGCGAUGGAGACGGUAGAGGGGUUGGAAAAGAGGCCACCACCCCCUCCCUCGGCAUCGGUCUCCGCGGCACCCUCCCCUGGCCGCCCCUGAAACCCGACCUCGCCUUCUUCGCCCGCGUCACCAAACGUCCUCCUCCCCCGCACCUUCGACCUUCCCCUCCCCCUCCUCCUCCCCAGCCCCACACCUCCACGGGCCGCGAAGCGGCAAAGGAGAGCCGCAAUGCCGUCAUCAUGGGCCGCAAGACGUGGGAGAGUCUGCCGCCCAAGGCGCGCCCGUUGAAGGGCAGGGUCAACGUGGUCCUGACGAGGGAUGUCCGGGGGUUGGGUUUGCCGGAGGGCGAGGGGGUUUUGGGGGUCGGCGGGAUCGAGGAGGGGUUGAGGCGGUUGCGGGAUGCGUAUCCGGGUCCGCCGGGGGGACGGGAAGGGGAGGAGGAGCGGCGGCGGCUGGACGGGGACGGUGGUGUGGGAGAAGCGGAGGCCGUGCGGCUGGGGAGGGUCUUUGUGAUCGGGGGGGCGGAGGUCUAUCGGCGGGCGCUGGAGAUGGAGUCUUGCGAGAGGAUCCUGUGGACGAGGCUGAGGGGGGAGUGGGAGUGCGACGUGUUCUUCCCGAACGGGGUGCUGCCGGUCGGGGACGAGGUUGGGGGAGACGGGACAGGGGAGGGCGGGGGGGGUGGGCCCGGGGGGGGAUGGGUUAGGAGGUCUACGGAGGAGUUGGAGAGGUGGGUUGGGGAGGAAGGGGUGGGUGGGGUGAGGAGGGAGGGAGGGGUCGAGUUUGAGGUUUGUAUGCUUGAGAGGGAGAGGGGGUGA